AUCAGACUUCAAAUCAAUUCUUAUAUAGUUAUACACAAAUGAUAAAUAUUUGAAAUUAAAACACAAAUGUUUAAACGCGAGCUCUUUUGUUCGUAGCUCUCUUCCAUCGCGUCUUCGCUUCGUUGCUCUCGCAAAAUCACGUUUCAAAGGAGCGACGGGUCCAUCAAAAUGGGGACAUAUGUUGGUCGACGGUCCAGAAGAAUGUCCCGAAUGGGCCCUUGUCACGGCGUGUUGCGGGAUUUACGGAGGGCGGAUGCGCUUCUCAAUAGCCGAUGUUUACCGGUCCCAAUGGAAAGGGAUUACUCCGUGCAUAUCCAUUGCACGGGGAAGAGUGUGCUCCGACGAACUCCCGCGGCGCCAAAGAGGGGAUGCUCGAAAGUCCGCGCUGCAGGGUGCAUGAGGCGUGAUCUUGUGCAGUUCUUGGGAUACCUUUUCCAUCGAGCUGCAAUUUCAACAUACAUAAUAAAAUUAGAGCAACCACUGAUUAUCUCAGAUGAAUUUUUCUUCUAAAAUAAUCCUGUCGUGGCGGAGGUUUUAAGAAUUCUGUCAUCGUUGCGGUAUAUAUUGAACGAUAUACAGGGAUUUUUAUUUAUACUCUGGGCUCAAUUUUUGAAUUAAAUUUACAAAGAUAGGGAGAAUGUUUACUUUUGUUAAUGUAGAUGGAAUUUAUAAUUGUCAAAAAAAAAUACAAAUAUUUAUUCGUUA